GUCCCAACACGCACUACCGUCCCUACCUCCUUCACAACACCACCACGGCCUCUGCAGCACACACGCCGCCUCGCCUUACUGGCUCUUUACCAUACGCCUUUCCUCAACACCACUGGUCCCUCGUGAUGGAUCAGGCUGGACAGCAGCAACAGCAACAGGGUGGUGGUGGAGGAGGCCAAAUCUCGCGUACUGCUGGCCUUCCACUUUCUGACUUCUUGAUGCAGCUUGAGGACUAUAACCCAACGAUACCAGAUGCUGUGACCGCUUACUACUUGAAUUGUUCCGGUUUUGAAGCUGCUGAUGGUAGGCUUGUUCGCCUUAUUUCACUAGCUGCUCAAAAAUUUAUCUCCGAUAUAACUAAUGAUGCUCUGCAACACUGCAAGAUGCGAGGCUCCCAGCAGUCAAGUAGCAAGACUAAGGGUAAAGACAAGCGCUUCACACUCACCAUGGAAGAUCUAACACCUGUUCUUGCAGAGUAUGGCAUCACUGUCAAGAAGCCUCAUUACUACAUUUAAUACAGUAAAUUUAAUUUCAAGUGAAUAGAAAUUAGGAAGACAAAUUUACCAUUAAACUUUCAGACAACUUUAAACACACAAUGACCUUAAUAUUAAAUCAAAUUUGUUUGUCGGCAAGUAUUGUACACUAUACUAUGUGUAAUCUGUAAGAGGUGGUGUGUGAUUAGCAUAGGUUUUCAAAUCAAUAAAAUUUUAGUUAAAUUCUCAGAUUUUGGUUUGAACCACAUGUGGAUUUUGUAGUGAAAUUUUUAUUAAUCUUUCAGUAAAAUUGAAUAUGUAUUUUAGGAUGAUUAUUGUGCUUAAUAAAAAUAAAGUUGAACUGUA